UGCUUUAGUCAAUCCUCUCAUCGGGAGUUUAUGGCAGUCGACGUAUCUUCGGGUGCCGAAUGUUGAUUUCAAUUUAGUGUGGAUUAAUUAAUGUAUACAAGAUGCCGAAUUUCUGUGAUAUCUUCCACCUCAAAUAUGUCAUUGUCGCUCUUAUCAUGGUAUCCACGGCACGAAUUUAUGUGAAUGCCGGGGCAACACAGCUCACCAAGGAUAAUAUUGAUAUGACACUAGCAUCAAAUGAAUUAGUAUUUAUAAACUUUUAUGCUGAAUGGUGUCACUUUAGUAAUAUGUUAGCACCAGUAUUUGAUGAAGCCGCGGAUAAAAUUAAAGAGGCCUUCCCCGAGGCUAACAGAGUGGUCAUAGGAAAGGUAGACUGCGAUGCUGAGUCUUCCGUGGCAUCUAGAUUUCACAUUUCGAAGUAUCCGACUUUGAAAAUCAUAAGGAAUGGAGUGCCAGUUAAGCGAGAAUAUCGUGGCCAAAGAUCAUCUGAGGCAUUCGUGAAAUUCAUCACGAAACAGUUAGAAGAUCCAAUCAAAGAGUUCUAUGACCUCAAGCACCUACUUAAUCUAGAUGACAAGAAGAGAAUGAUCAUUGGGUAUUUCGAUAAAAAAGAAGUUCCUGAGUAUCAGACAUUUCGCAGGGUGGCAAUGAAUCUGAAGGAUGACUGUCAAUUUCAUGUCGGUUUUGGCACUUGCUCUGAUCAAGGCUGUGAGGUUGGAGAAUUUAUUAAACUGUUUGAUAGUAGCCAGGCGAUGCACCCCCCAGGGCAACCAAUCAUCGUCUUCAGGCCUGACAAGGCCCUGUCUAACGAUGAAGAUGAGACUUACAAAGGAAGUUUAAUGAAUUACGAUGAAUUGAACAUUUGGAUUCAAGAAAAAUGUGUUCCUCUUGUGAGGGAAAUUACCUUUGAAAAUGCUGAAGAGUUGACCGAGGAAGGCUUGCCCUUCCUCAUCCUUUUCCACCAACCUGAUGACAUUGCCAGUGUCAAGGAUUUCAAAGACAUUGUUGCAACCACAUUAACUGACGAGAAACAGAACUUUAAUUUCCUGACAGCAGACGGCUUGAAGUUCGCGCACCCCCUCCACCAUCUGGGCAAAAGUCCAUCAGACUUACCGCUGAUUGCAAUCGACAGUUUCCGUCAUAUGUAUCUGUUCCCCAACUUCCAAGACAUUUUCACUCCUGGAAAAUUGAAGCAGUUCUUAAAGGAUCUUUAUUCGGGUAAACUUCAUCGUGAGUUCCACUACGGUCCAGAUGCGAACAGCGAAUCACCACAAAUCGAUGGCCAAGUAAAGACUCCGACGGCACCACCAGAAUCGUCAUUCAAAAAACUUGCACCUAGUAAAAACCGUUACACCUUGCUCAAGGAUGAACUAUAAAACGUGUUAUCUGACAAGAAAAUCAUGAAUGAUGGACAAAUUUGGGACUUAUUGUGGUACGUCAAUCAGACGUAAUUUUUAAACCAGUGCAAAUGAGGGUUUUUUUUUUCGUCUUGAAAAGAGAACCUACGAACUUCCAGAUCAAUUAUUUUGUGAAUAUAGUUGGUUGAGAAAAGCGCAAUGAAAAUUAAUGGAUGAAAUAAAAAUAGAAAAGGUAGAGCCUUGGCUAAUGGUAAAAAUGAAACACAAUUGUGAAUUUAAGAACAUUUUUACAUUACAAUUUUGUAGUGAAGUGGCUGUAGUGAAUUGGAAAUAUUUAUAGCAAUUCAAACUCGAAUUGUUUUGCUAUAUUUGUCACUUCGGUGCUGAAUUCUAUGUAGCCUUGAAUUUUUAUUGAUAUUUUGUAUACUUUCUUUUUCUGAUUUGCAUAUGAUAAAAAUGUAUAAAUCGAUUAAUAUAAAGAUAUAAUUUUACAUUUGUAAAGAUAGAAUUUGUGGGACGAGUGGAUGUCAAUUCACAACUCAUUAUUGUAUUCUCUUAUUUUGUAAGCAACGAAACCAGAUAAAUUUACACCAGAGAUAUUCCUACUGUCACCAAAUUACAGUAAUUUCCUUGAUCUAUUAUGAAAACCAAGCAGACAAUGUAAAUCAUACAUGAGAAGUUUUUUUUUUGAAAGCAAACAAUCGAAAUAAAACUAAUCCGUCGAAA